AUGGGGAUACGCUUGAUUGUAAUUUUUAUCUUGUCCUUUUGGACCGUUUAUUGCGACGUUUCGCAUUUGCAAAAACCUUCCACUCAUUUAUUGACACCCUUUGCAAGUAAACCAUCUGUAAGAGAAACUAGUCCAGUUUAUUAUACAACCCCAGGUUCUGUUCACUAUAAAGCAAAUGAAGCCAAUUUGCAAAUAAAGAAUCAAGACACUUCAAUCAAAAACGACGGAUCAUACCAUUACUCUUAUGAAACUGAAAAUGGAAUAGCCGCACACGAAAAUGGAUAUGUUUUACCAGCAGGACAAGAUCAAGUUGAUACUGUUGCUCAGGGUUCUUUUCAGUGGACAUCUCCUGAAGGAAAACCUGUGCUCAUUUCGUAUGUUGCCGAUGAGAAUGGAUACAGGCCAGAGGGUGAUUUACCAACUCCACCUCCAGUUCCUGCGGCCAUCCAAAAAGCAUUAGAUUGGAUUGCUGCUCAUCCCGAACCAACUGAAACAUAA